AUGGCUGCUGUGAACUGUAUCAGCAGGAGACCUUAUCAAAAAGGAAUAAAUAAAUACAUGACAAAACCAUUUAAAGAUGCUUCUACAGAAUUGAAGAUGUUGCUGGAGCCACUUAGUUUGUUUACUGUAGAGCAACCACCAAAAGAUUUACCUAAGGAGUUACCUAAACCUAAAGUAGUGGAAAAUCACAAGAAGACAGUAGACAGCAGUUGUGAUGAUGUACAUUGUCUGGUGGAAUGUGUAGAAAAACAAUUGAAAUUGAAACAAGAUAGCUAUCCACUUUCACCUGAAGAACAGCAAGAAUUGAUCGCUGUUCUUCUGCAGGAAGUAAACCAUAUUCAGCCACAUAUCAAAGAUCAGAUAAAUAAUCCUUCUUUGAGUGAAAUACAGAAAAGAAAAUUAAGCUCUUCCUUCCAUCAGUCUGUGGUUCAAGCUUGUGAGAAGUUACUCCUGUACUACUGUGAUAAGGCUCAAGUUUUGAAUGAAAGAGGAAUAUUUUCUGGAACUGCUAAUAUCUGUCGACUUCGAACACAGCUCGCCAUGCAUGCUGAAAAAAUUCUUAGUCUCCAGAGAGUCAGACAUGUGUUUGUAAGCAUGAAAGAUCCUAUGCUGGAUAAUUCCCUGGAAAGAUCUGAAAAUGUUCUUCAACGACGUUCAGAUUCAUCAGCAUCAGGCGAUAUUUCUGAGAUUAUUAAGCAGAUGCCUUCCAUCAACUCGGAUGGAUUACUCCCAGCAUCUCUUUAUCAUCUGUCACAAAUAAAAAAGCAAUCAAAAAGUCCAAAUAUAGCAACUUCUACUGAUCAAAUAUUAACAGCUGAUUUCAAAGAAUGUUGUGAAUCAAUAUAUUCUGAAUCACCUGUAUUCAUCAAACGUUGCUAUUCCCAUCCUCAGCUCUCUUAUGAAUCACUGUGGACUGAAAUUGGUAGAGAAACACCUCAGCCGAGGCGAUGUCAAUCUUUAGAAAAUCAACAUUUCUCUGAGUUUUUAACUGCCUUUGACUGGGAAGAACAAAAUAAUUUGGACAAGAAUGGUUUGCGAUCAACAUCAAAGAUCAAUCAAGAUUUGCAAACAUUAUUAAAAAACCGAAAAGAUGAUCAAGAUUUGGAGACUUUGCUUCUUGAUGAUAUGCCACCACUUAUUAAGGCUGUGCCAGAAGAUCAGAAAAGAAAGAAAGCCAGAGAAAAACUGGAUAAACAAAUUCAGGAGCUGUGUGAAAAAGAAAAAACAUUGCAACAAAAAGAGAGUCUAGAAAAUCUAGAACCUGCUUUUGAUCAACCAACAAUAUUGACAACACAACUUUCUACUCAGACUGUUGCACGUACAACUGAUGUACGAAUAUCAAAACGAAUCAAAAGUGUGGAUCAUCAUUUGAUCAGCAAAUAUCCUCAAUAUAAUGAUCUUCUAGGAGAGAUUGAUUCCGACAGCAUGAAAGACUUGGACAAAACAUUAUUUGAAGAAAAAAAUCUCACUGAUGUUUUUAAAAAAUUCUUGGAUUCAAUGACUCAUGGUGAUACCUUUUUUGACAAUGAUACAACUUUCAUAGAUGUUCCUUCAAAUUUAGAGCUUUCUGCUACUUUGGAAAACAGAGAAAAAGAAGUUUUAAAUGAAGAACUGUGUCAGUUUAACAAGCCUCCUUGGUUUAAAAGCAACUAUAACCAGUGGCAGCUUCAGCCUGCCCAUGUCAUUAUGUUCAACAAUAAAGAAAUUUAUCCAAGAAUUCCAGACCUGAGUCAGCCAAUAAGAAAAGAAAGAAGAGAUCUAAAAUAUUGGAGGUCUUGGUGGAAAGGUAUCGUGUGCCGUGAUGACUAUCUAAAAUUCCUCAGUUUGCAGGAGACUGAUUAUCUAGCAGUCAUAUUUCAUCUUUUUGGUAAUGAAGAAGAAGAAGAAGAAAAAGAAAGAAGAGGAGGAAAUAUAUUAAUCACAGAGCCAACAAUAAAAUCGCCACAGAUAAAACAUUUAGCACAAGAAGAAGAUAAAAAGUCUCUUCCAGAAAAGUUAGACAGUCCAACAUCAGAAGAGACAAAAGUUUUGAAUAUGCCGCAGUUGCAAGGACGUUUGGAUAAGAUGUGGAAUGCCCUCCAGAUGCCAGAAGAUCAGAAAAUAGAAAUGGCAAUGAAAUAUGCCAAAAAGGAGAAAUCAGAACAGUUGGAAUCAUCAUUGUCUGAUUGGGAACAAGCUGCACAAUUCAUUAUUGAAAGAGAAUCAAUCAUGGCUUCCCUCCUAGUGUUUGAAAGUGAAGCCUCUGACCCAAACAGAUUUUUUGUUCGAGGACCUGGAAAUGCAAACCUCAGAUUGCAAGAAGCAAAAACUCGAAGUAUGUUUUAUCAGAGAAUUGAACAACUGGACAAGAAGCUAUCAAAACAAAUCAACAUUAUCCACAAAAAAUAUGGAGAAGUUGUUACAUUUCAAGAUCGACCUUACUUGGAAAAAAUGAGAUGGGAUCGUGUUGAAAUGUUGUACUGGUUGCAAGAAGUGAGAAAGUUGAAUGCCCUUCACUAUGAAUCAAGGAGGCUUCGUAUUCCACUACCAGAGAUGAGUUUUAAAGAACUUUUACUAUCAGGCAGUUUUUUUACCAAAUGA